ACCAUCUACAUGUCAGCCCUACUUGAAAAAUCCUUCAUGUUUUGGUAUAGUUGAUUUGUUCCAUCUUCCCAUUGCACAGUUCAGCCAAUUCAGCUAUUCUGCUUUCUGAAACCAUUUCUGCAGAUUACACAAUGUCAUCAGUUCGGAUUCGUGAAACCGUUAGUGAAUCUCUUUUUGAAGCACUCUCAAGCUCCCAUGAAGUUCAACAGAAAGUGCUCGAAAUGCUAGUUUCCAUAACGAAGGUUAGUCCUCAAAACAGGAACUUGCUUGCACAAACAGAUGGUGCCAUCCCUGCCCUUCUUACUCUCUCCAAAUCUUCCUCUUCAAUCAUCCAAGCUCUCUCAUUGUCCAGCCUCUUCAAUAUCUCUCUAAACCCUGAGCUAAAGCGGUCUCUUGCAGAUAUGGAAACCAUUUAUCACCUCAAUUCCAUUCUAUCGCCAAGCUCUCCAGAAACUAGUAGAUUAACUUCCUCAUUGGUUUGUAGUUUGGCAAUGCUUGAUAAGAACAAGGCAAAGUUUGCAGUAGCUGGUACCAUCCAAUUGCUAAUCAAGGCACUAUCUGGACCCAGGAGCCUAGCUUCCCAUCACCUCCUAAGUUCUUUGGCCGAGCUUGUACAGUUCCAUGGGAACUGCACCGUAGCCAUUCGAUCAGGAGUUGUUCCGGUGCUUAUUAACAUAGUGGAAAGCGCUAAUGGUGAGGAUCUUGCCGGGACUUCUCUUGCUGUUCUGUGUCUCCUUGCUAGGUUUGAUGAAGGAUUGAAUGCUAUGAGAAAAACUGACCAUGUUGUGAGCUUAAUGGUGAAUGUGUUGAAACGGAGGGGCAUGUUGAGUAAGGAGGGCGCGGCUGAAAUCCUUCUUCGCUUGUUUGAUGAAAGUGAGGGCUAUAUGACAGAUGCUUUGAUGGUGCCAGACUUUUCAACUGUGCUAGCAGAUCUUUCUGUAAGAGGAUCUGCAAAAGCUCGAGAGAAGACCGCUUUGCUAAUGGAAAAAGUUAUGGAGGCCAACAUGGAUUCUUAAGUGGAUAUAUUGGGUUCCAUUAAUGGUGAUAGAAUUGCCAAGUACAACGCGUUUGAUUUGUACUUUUAUUUGGAAUUUCUUCAAAGCAAUGUUGAGGA